AUGUGGCUAUUUCUAACAAUUUUGAUCUUUCUAUCAACUGCUAUUGCUCAAGAUUGUUCACAAGAAAAAGAUCGUGGAGAGCGCUGUGAUACCGAUCAACCAAAGCAGAAAUUUGCCUUUGAGCCAAAAACAGGUGACUGCGUUCCCUUUUAUUAUUUGGGAUGUAAAGGAACGGAGAACAAAUUCGCCACAUACAAAGAGUGCAAAUCGUUUUGUUCGAAGAAAAACGACUCAACCAGUAACCGAGUCGUUGAUGUCUGUGAGCUGAAAACCGAUGCGAAAAUCCCGGAUCUAGCUGUCUCGUGCUCUGACGGAAACAUUUGCAAUGAGGGAUAUGAGUGCAAGAAUGCGAAAUGGUGUUGUCCGACAAAAACCACAAUCUGCAAUCUCCCUGCUUCAUCAGGAAACGAGGCGGUGAGCGGUAUUCAUUAUGGCCGUUAUGUGUACAUGAUUGGACUCAAAAAUUGCAUUCGCUUCAGCUAUUUUGGACUUGAGGGUAACUUCAACAACUUCAAAACAUUCAAUGAUUGCAAGAGUUUUUGCGGAGAUUUG